AUGACUUGGAUACAGAGGAUUUUUAUGCUAUUUUUAUGUGCGUUAAAUCUACAGCAUGGUCAAAAGUGUCGAUUGCAUACAAGGAUCCACUUCGGGGAACCGUUACCGGUUAUACUCAAGGAUGGACGACUUCUGGAGCCAACUGAUAACUUUGGCAACAUCGAAAUUGAUUAUGGGGAUACGAUAACGUUAAGUUGCGAAGGCGCUGGGUUUAUAAGCCAUCCUAACAUUAGAAGUGAUAAAACAACGGCCACAAUCACAUGUGAUGGCGGAGAGACCUUCAAAAAUGACGAGUGGUUAUCCUUACCAGCUCAGUUUACUCUAUUCAAAUGCUCCUUUCCUCCAAACUACAUUAGCAGACGAACUGACAGAACUUGUUUUGAUGGCAACCGCAUCUACGAAGUUGGUUACAGAAUAGAAAACAUCUUCUACCCAGCAUACGAGUCUUGCUUCAACGAACUUGGAUUCAACGCCAUAUACUCAAAAUACACUCAAAAGCCUUACAACGCUCAUUACCAAACGAAAGUCGAGAGGCCUUUUUUCGUUGACAACAAUGUAUAUGGAAUCAUACCAGUCAAUACCCUGUUUUCUACUAGAGGUCAGAAAGCAGCAGUGGCUCAGCUCGUAGGGCCAUUGAUAGACAAAUACAUGACGCAGAAUCAAUUUUUAUCCAGAGGUCAUCUAGCAGCUAAAACAGACUUCGUUUUGGCAUUUGGAGAACGAGCAACGUUUCACUACGUCAAUUGCGCUCCACAGUGGCAUGGCUUCAACAGCGGCAAUUGGAACACCUUGGAAAUAGACUUGAGGAACCAUAUUCACUUGGCUGGUUAUGACACGAUCAUCUACACAGGGACCUUCGGGGUGAGCACGCUGCUGAACCAGUUCGAUCGGAGAGUGGAGAUCUACCUGUAUACAGAUGAGAACAAUAACCCGGUUAUACCGGUGCCUGAAUACUUUUAUAAGGUGGUGUAUGAACCGGCCACUCAACGAGGUACUGCGUUUGUGGGGAUCAAUAAUCCGUAUUACACAGAAGCUGAGGCCAGAGAGCUGUUCUUCUGUGAAGACGUCUGUAGAAGACCUGGGCAGUAUCCUUGGUUGACCUGGCAUCCCGAUAAUAGCCAUGAUGGAUACACAUUUUGCUGCACGAUUUCAGAUUUUAGGCAAACAGUUCCACAUUUGCCAAAGUUCAAAGUGACGGGAUUGUUGAUUUGA